UCUGGGGUGUGAGGCGUCUGUCCUCGCCUCCCACAGCGAGCCGAGAUCUAUUUCAGCUUCGCAGCGUGGCUCCGGUGCCGAUUGAGCCCUCCAAGGAAGGCUGAUAACUUCAGUUUAUAACUUAAAAUGGGGGGAGGGGGGGAAAUUACAUUUGGUCAGAAUAAGGCUUAAUGUGGGUCUUCAGAAUAUUUAAUCUCAUUUUUCCAUUUCAGGUCCAUGCAAGGCAGGAUCACAGCRCAAGCAUUCUCUUUUGACCAGCAGUUUAAGCCGUAUCAAAAGGAUGAGUUUCUUCUGGCAUUUUUUAAUGAUCAAAGUGUGAACUCUGGUUUAAAGUUGCUGUCAUCUUCAGGACGAUGGACUACAUUGGGUUCCAAAGUGACAAAAAUUGAAGCUACAGUGGUACCMUGUACACAGAUUUCCAUGUCAUUUUUUGAUCGACUGUACUCUGAAGGAAUUGUUAGAGAAACCGGAACUAUUGCAAAAUGUUAUGAUGACUAUUAUGAUGACAUUCUUAUCUCUGAUCAAUUAAGGAAGGUCUUGCUUCUGGAGGAUUCUGACCAUUAUGACUUAUUCAGUCAAUUGGAUCGCGAGGAAUUUCUCUUCUGUCUUUUUAAGCAUUUUUGCAUUGGAGGAGCUCUUUGCCAGUUUGAAGAUGUAGUUGACCCAUACUUAGAAACUACAAAAGCUUUUUAUAAAGACUUGGUGAGUGUUCAGAAGAACCCUGAAACAAAAGAAAUACAUAUUAUUUCUACAGUCUUCAGAGUAUCUGCCUAUGAUGGUAAUGGCCUGUGUUAUCCUUCAAGCAAAAGCCACCAACAGACUUUUGCCUACUUCAUUGUGGACCCCUGCAAGCGACACRUGAAUAUUCUGUAUCACUGUUUCGGUGGAAGCCUGUUUACAAACUAGUUAUAAACUUGGCUGGUCUCCCGUUCUGUAAUGGAGGUUGUCUUCUCUGUGCAUGGAUUCAGGUAGACAUUGCAUAGUUUUCUGACGAGGAAGGUUCUGCUACUUGACUGUAAGCUCGGAAGUGCUUCCCAUUCACUCAGAUGUUACUUGGGGGUUAGUGACAAUAUUUUUCCGGUAUUUAGUUCUUGAAACUGUGUUCUUGGCCRUUUCUCCCCUUCACUCACCCAGUUUAUCUAAUAAAGAGUAUU